AUGGAGAAACAGAAAAACAGUGGGAAAAAGAUUCUUGCUAUUGGUCUCCGAGCAUCGAAUUUGGUUUCUUCUUCUUCUGCUGAUCAUUUUGAUGGUAGUUUUAUGGAUUCUGAUGAAGAUUUUCUCCCUGAAAUGGGAUCUACUGGUCCUAUAGGGGAGAAGAAGAAGAAGUUGAUGAGUGAGAUUCUUGAAGCCACCAAUCCUCAGAUUGAUCCUCUGAGAGAAGGUUAUCAAUCUCGUAAUCUUGAUAAUUCUCAAAAAUUCAGCUCUGCUAGGGUUUCUUGGGCAGAAGAAGUUGAGCUGGUGGAUGUUUCCUCAAGAUCUUUUUCUUCUAUUCAUCCUUCAGAUGAUUUAAAGAUUACUGAAGUAUCUGGUAAUACUCCUGUGAAUUCUGCUCUGAAUUCUUCUAUUCCAUCAAGCAAUCUGAAGAUUGAUGAAGUAUCUGGUAGUGAACCUUUGAUUUCUGACCUGGAUUCUGUUUUGGUUAAAAACUUACCUACUGGAAAUCUAGAUAAGUCUAAUGUGAAUCCAAACUGUGAUAAAAUUGCUUCCUCUUUUGUGAAUCCUAAUCCUGUUCAUGUGAAUAAAGACACAAAGAAAAGUUGGGUUAAUUUGUUUGCUGAUAAUAGGAAGACUGGAAGCGGAUUGAAUUUGGGUUUUAUUCCUCCUGAUUCUAAUAAUUCAGUGAUUUUUGAUGAUGAUGAAUGGAAUGAGGGUAGUUCCAUUUGGGAAUUCUCUCUAAUUGGCCGUGUUUUGGGCUUAAAUGCUAGUUUCAAAGCCAUGGAGAAUUUUAUUCAGAAAGUCUGGCUCAACUUGACUAUACCUGAAAUAUGUUUGCUUAGGGCUGGCCUAUUUCUUUUCAAAUUUAGAAACAAGGAGGAAAUGAAUGAAGUUCUUGCCAAUGGUCCCUGGUUCUUUGGCUCUAGGCCUCUUUUACUUAAGCCUUGGACAAUUGGUGAUGAUUUUGAUAAAAUUGACUCUUGUUCUUAUCCAAUGUGGAUCCAGUUUCCUGCACUUAGACUUAAUUUGUGGAAUUCUAAGUGUAUUAGUAAAAUUUCUAGUAUUAUUGGUAGACCCAUCACUACUGAUAAACUCACAGCAAAUAGACAAAGACUUGCUUAUGCGAGAGUCUUAAUUGAAGUGGACUUGCCUGCUACUCUCCCUGAUCAAAUAACAAUUCAAAGUCCAAAUGGUAAACAAUAUCAGCAGAGGGUGAUUUAUGAAAUGAAGCCAAGAUGGUGUGAUUUCUGUAAAUCAGUGGGACAUGAUGCUUUACAUUGUAGAAGGCAAGUUAAGUCUCAGAAAUGGGUUCCUAAGCAAAAGACUGUUGUUUCUGAAAAAACUGUGGUAUCUCAGAUGAAUCAAAAUCAGGUUGGUAAAAAAUAUACUCAAGCAAAUGAGGCUGAUUUAAAUGUGGUAAAAGGUAAAUCUGUGGUUCAUUCUCCUGGAAAUGAAGCUUUACAAACUGGGGACUGCAGUUCUCUUUCUGUGCAUGCUGUGCAUGUUUCAGAUAUCUCUGGAAUGGAAGCUGUUCAGGUGAUACAUGCUUCAACCCCAAAUGUAGAGUUUCAGCAAGCCCCUAAAUCAAAUUCAAAUUAUGGGACAUUUACCUGUAAUGUUUCAGAUGUAGUGCUGCAUCCCAUGCACUCCUUUUCUGGUAACAUGCAUAUGGAAAAUCCCUGGAAACAAGUUCAAAGAAACGUGAAAAUUAAUACUACAAUUGAAGCUCUACAAGCUGGAGACUGCAGUAUGAUGCAUGCUUCAACUCCAAUUAUAGAGUUACAACAAGUCUCCCCUAAAUAUGGUGUGCAUGUACCAGAUUCUAGGACAAUCCCUGUGCAUACUUUUUCUGAAACAAAAAUCAAGGAGAAUAUACUGCCAGGUGUUACCAAGAAACUUGCUUGCAACUGGAAAUGGUAUGCUAAUGGUAGCUCUACUGAUAAGGCUAGGAUCCUUAUCUUAUGGGAUCCUAAUGUCCUGGAUAUUCAAGUUAUUCACUGCUCUCCUCAGUAUAUUACAUGCCAUGCUAAAUCUUAUGAUGGUAAACUGGAUUGCCUUAUUACCUCAGUCUAUGGAUACAGCCAAACUGAAAAAAGAAAAGAGCUAUGGUCAGAUUUAAAUCAAUUUUCUCAAUCAAUUGGCCAAUCUCCCUGGAUUCUCUGUGGGGAUUUCAAUGCUCUGAUCAGUGAUGAUGAAAAGUUGGGAGGAGCUAUAUUGUCUGAUGCUGACACAAUGGAUUUCAAACUCUUCAUUGAUAAUUGUCAUCUAUCUCAUAUGAAAACUUUGGGCUCUUUCUUUACCUGGAGUAAUAAACAAGGCCCAGAUACAAGGAUUUGGAGCAGAUUGGAUAGAGCUCUUAUUAAUGAUACUUGGAUUGCCAGGUAUAAUUCUAGCCAUGCUGAGUUUUUAUUGCCAAGUUUCUCUGAUCACUAUCCUGCUCUUAUCUCUAUCUAUGAAGACAAUGUUCAGGGAAAGAAAUCUUUUAAAUUUUUUAAAAUGUGGACCAAACAUCCUAGUUUUCUCCCUACUGUCUAUUCUAUUUGGCAAACUUCAGUCCCAGGGCAUUUAAUGUAUUCAGUUUGCGCUAAGCUCAAAUUGUUAAAGUCUGCUUUGAAGGAGCUUAACAAGAAGCAUUAUCACAAUAUUAGUGAGCAAGUGAUGAGAGCAAAAAAUGCUCUAGAGGCUAUUCAAAGGGAUCUGCAGCAGGACCCUCUUAACCCUAUUUUCAUCAAACAAGAAAGGGAUUCCCUUGUUUCUUUUAACAAGCUAGCUGAUUGUGAAUUGUCUUUUUACAAACAAAAGUCAAGAAUUGCAUGGAAUAUACAUGGAGACAGGUGCACCAAGCUAUUCCAUUCCAUCAUCAAGUCCAAUAGACAUUAUAACAGAAUUCUGGUUCUCCAUGAUAAUUCAGGUAUCAUAAUCUCUGAUAAUGAAGGGAUAGCCAUGGAAUUUAUCUCUUAUUUUAAAGGCCUUAUGGGUACUGCUGUUAAUACUGAUUCUCCUGAUUACAAUAUCAUCAAAAAUGGCCCUUGCAUAAAUGAUACUCACUCAAGGUAUCUUUCUGCUCAUGUAUCUAAUGAAGAAAUCAAAAAGGCUGUUUUCUCAAUGUCAGAUAAUAAGGCCCCUGGCCCUGAUGGUUACAGUGCAUCAUUCUAUAAAUCAGCUUGGCCAAUUAUUGGUGAAGAGGUAACAUUAGCUGUUGAGGAGUUCUUCAAGACUGGAAAAUUAUUGGGGGUAACUAAUUCUACAGCAAUAGUUCUUAUACCAAAGGUUCAAUGUCCUUCAUCCCCUUCUGAUUUCAGACCAAUAUCCUGCUGUAAUUGCAUAUAUAAAAUCAUCUCAAAGAUUCUUGCCAACAGGAUGCAAACUGUUAUGGGGUAUAUUAUUAAUGAUGCCCAAUGUGCUUUUGUUAAAGGCAGGUCAAUAUCCAGCAAUGUCCUACUUGCCCAUGAACUUGUAAAGAACUAUGGUAGGAGACAUAUAUCACCAAGGAUCAUGAUUAAUAUUGAUAUCAGGAAAGCUUUUAACACUAUCAGUUGGAAAUUCUUGUCUGAAAUGCUUGUAGGCCUGGGCUUCCCCAUCUCUUCACCUAAAUACUCUAUAUCCUUGAAUGGUUCACUCCAUGGUUUUUUUAAAGGUGAAAGAGGGCUGAGACAAGGUGACCCUCUCUCCCCUUAUUUGUUUAUACUGGGUAUGGAGUAUCUAUCUAGGAGCUUGGAUUUGUUGAAACAUGAUAAGAAAUUCAAGUACCAUCCUAAAUGUGCUAAGCUGAAAAUUUCUCACCUCAUCUUCGCUGAUGACUUGCUGUUAUUUAGCAAAGGAGACUUAUAUUCUGUGCAGCAGAUAAAUCAGAAAAUUUCUCACUUCAGUGCUGUUACAGGACUUGAUGCUAAUCCUAGUAAGAGCUCAAUUUUCUAUGGUGGUGUAAAUAAUAUAGUUAAAGCUUCUAUUCAGAGCUGCCUUGGUUUUUCUGAAGGCAGUCUGCCAAUUAGAUAA